GGUAGUGACAGAUGAAUUGUUAAAGGUUUCUCACAUUUUGGCAAUGGUGCGCGGUAGGCGGGCGCGGCGGCGUAUUAGGGCGGCAAGUGAGAGGCGAGAGGUCGAUAAGCAGUGUGGUGCGCUUACUCGAGGAGGACGGUCGCGCGAGCCCAGGCCCUCCUCGCGCAACACGCGCCUUUCGCGCCUUCAGGAAAUCGCUCGCUGGCGACCGACACCCGCCUGCGAGAGCCGCUACUCCACGACAAACCGCACUAACGACCAAGUGGUGGCAACGUCGAUGUAGGUCACAGGGGACCGCAGCCUCCCCUCGCCGGCACAAUGCAGAGCGCCAUGAAGCGGCUACGCGAGGUGGACUGGGGGAGCAUGAGGCGCGACGGCCACAACAUCUUCACCAAGCUCAUCCGCACCAGGGACCCGCGCGACUCCGAGACCACGCAGGACAUCGCUGUGCCCGGCAAGCAGAAGCUUUCGCGAUGCCUGACGACGAUGGACCUCGUGUCGCUGGGCGUGGGCUCCUGCGUGGGCACGGGCAUGUUCCUGGUGUCGGGGCUGGUGGCCCGCAAGUUCGCGGGGCCCGGCGUCGUCUUCAGCUUCAUCAUCGCCGCGCUGGCCAGCAUCUUCUCAGGUGCAUGCUACGCGGAGUUCGGCGUGCGUGUGCCGAACACCACUGGCUCCGCGUACACGUACUCCUACGUGACCGUCGGCGAGUUCAUCGCCUUCGUCAUCGGCUGGAACAUGGUCCUCGAAUACCUGAUCGGAACGAGUGCGUGUGCACGCGCGCUCAGCGCCUGCUUCGACUCAUUGUGCGACGGCGCCAUCACCAGACACCUGGCAGGGAUAUUCGGAACAGUUUUUGGAAAACCACCGGAUUUCAUCGCGUUCGGGAUAUCGCUGUUGAUGACCGUAGUGCUGGUGGCGGGCGUGAAGAAGUCUCUCUUCUUCAACAACCUGUUGAACGCCGUCAAUCUGUGCGUGUGGGUGUUCAUGAUGACGGCCGGCCUCUUCUACGCGGACACCAGCAACUGGACCGAGCAUGAUGGCUUCCUGCCUUACGGGUGGAGUGGGGUGUUCAGCGGCGCCGCUACCUGUUUCUACGCGUUCAUCGGCUUCGACAUCAUCGCGACCACGGGCGAGGAGGCCAACAACCCGAAGCGCUCCAUCCCGCUCGCCAUCGUGCUCAGCCUCGGCAUCAUCCUCGUCGCCUACGUCAGCAGCUCCAUGAUGCUUACCUUAAUAGUGCCAUACGACGAGGUGGACACGGACAGCGCGCUCGUGCAGAUGUUCGCGCACGUGCGCGCGCCCACGUGCAAGUACAUCGUGGCCGUGGGCGCGCUGGCCGGCCUCACCGUCUCCAUGUUCGGCUCCAUGUUCCCCAUGCCACGCGUCGUCUACGCCAUGGCCCACGACGGACUCAUCUUCAAGAAGCUGGCCAACAUCUCGGAGGCGACGGGCACACCGGCACUGGCGACGGUGUGCGGCGGCGCGGCGGCCGCACUCGUCGCGCUGCUCACGCAGCUGGAGGUCCUCGUCGAGAUGAUGAGCAUCGGCACGCUACUGGCCUACACGCUGGUGUCGACCUGCGUGCUGGUGCUGCGCUACCAGCCGCACUACACCAACCUCAUCGAACUGCUGCCACAGAGCCUGCGCACACCCGUCGACCCUGAAGGCACCGCUGCAGCCCAAAGGGAGACCACUUUCGCUGGUCGCGGCAACACCCAAAUCACCACCUCGAACCAGCGAGUCAUGAUCCGCCGCGUGACCCGCAGUUCCCCGGAUUCCGAUGACACGAUGCCAGGUGACGACAGCGAGGAAUUUGGUAGAGAUGACACGUUCCUCAUGAAUUCGCACACGGAGAAUAAAUUCUAUGGGGCCGUGCCCGGCGGCACGGCAAGCAACCCGGGCCGCUUCCGCCGCUUCAUGGACGCGGUGUCGCGGCAGCUGCUGGCACGCUCCUACCUGUGCCCCGGCGUUUUCCCCUGGGUGGACGCUGGGCCCGCCACUGACCAUACUGGUAUGUUCGUGAUCAAGGCAGUGGGGGUGAUGUACCUGCUGAUCCUGGUGAUGGAUAUGCUUGCAGCCUACGGCAGCCCGGGCUCCUCUACUUUCACUGCGCUCCUCAUGGCCGCUCUAAUGUUAGCUAUCUUCGUCAUCCUCCUACUUAUUUCUAGGAAACCGCAAAAUCGCGCACAACUGGUGUAUUCGACACCUGCGCUGCCGUUCGUCCCGGCGACCGCGAUCAUCGUCAACAUCUAUCUCAUCCUCAACCUGUCCAUCCUGACUCUCGUCCGCUUUACCGUGUGGAUGAUCAUAGGACUGGUGGUGUACUUUAAGUAUGGCAUCAAGAAUUCCUUGUUAGAGACGAAAACGGAGGAGCCGGCGGUGUCGCCGCCCACGCCGAGCCCGCUGGACCGCACCACGCUGCCUCCGCCCGCGCCGCACCAGCCGCGUCCGCUCGGCGACCGCAACAUAUUCGAGGGUGACGGCAAUAGCGGACUCUACGGCAAUCUCGAUUUCCCGGAUCCGCUGCUGGCGUGGCACACGGCGGACCUGGAGCCGGCGCCGCCCGCGGGCUCCAUCCGCCCCGCCGGCGCCUACAAACAAGUCGAAUCUCGGUACAACGCGAAGACCAACAGCACCUCCUCGCACACGUCCUCGCGGGUACCGUGGGCCUACACAGAGCCCGACCUCGACCCCUGGGACAACUAGAAAUGUUUAUCACCCCCAAAAACAUAUUUCUUUACCCACCGCCAUUCUAUUCUAUAGUCUUCUUAUUGUUACUUUAUAACACAUGUUGACCUGUUACAAAACAAAUCAUGGGAUCUGUUUUUACACAGUUACCUACCACUUACUGGUACCUACUCUUUUACGAUGCAUAUACCACCGCCGCACGGCACCGCGCACAUCAUUGCGGUGUUGAGUUUCUUUUUUAAUUAGGAAAAUAAAAAAGAAACUUAUAUACAUAUGUAAAGAUCGUAAUAAACGUGGACAGAACUGCAAUAAGUGGUGGUUCUCUUAUACGCUUAUUACAGGAGCACCUCUAUGUAGUGGGCAGCCUUACAUGCGUUAACUGUGAGGCGAACUAAUAAGGCGGAUUUCAGCUUUGGGUUACGUUAGGCGCUUACAGACAGUUUCAAUAUGUUGCUGCGCAGCCGCGAUUACAGUUGCUCAUACUUGCAACUUAUAAAUACUGUGAUUUUGACGCAGCUUAAAUAUGUGCUGGGGAAAUCAUUUGGGAUCGCAAAUUAAGGAUAGGUAUAAGGUCUCCUCAUUUGUGCUAGUCUGGUCAAACGUGACAAGAUGACUAUAACUAUAAUAGUUAAGCGCUUCACACACCUUACUUAAUAAUUCAGUAACUAACGACAGGGUCGCAUUUAUACCAAGUACGUGUAACGUAUAGCUGACUCCUUGUCGUCAAUUACUGAAAUAAGUAAGAUGUAAACGAAAUUAUUGAAAAUUACGUUUUAUUACCAGUCAAAGAUUUUUAUCACAAGGUUACGUCUCCGAUGUUUCUCUACAAAAGGCUAUGUUGCAUCCAAACCUAAAAUUAAUCAAAGCGGUUAUACCUAUCUACGUGUAAAUGAGGUAUUUGACGGUCUUAGCAUAAAUUGCAUUCUCGCGCGCGAGUCCAUAGGUACAUGUAGUUGCGCCAAAUGUAUGGAGUCGCGCACGUAACCGCAACUCAUACUAGAUAGCAGCUCUGGUAUACCUACCCAUAAAUGUUUUAUAGAUUUAAUUUCACCACUUUGUCAGCGCGGUUCAUAAGUACACUAUCCCAGUUUUAUACUAAUAAUAAAAAUAAGUGUUCUUGUCCUAACCAGAGCAGACCAGAAAGGGCAGAAAUAAUUCCGUGUCUUCGUACCUGUUUGAAUUAAGUUUUCUCAAAAAGUCUCCAAUAUUAUUUUUAUACAAUUUUUAAUAAUAUUUGAUUGUAGCUGUUUCAAACAUCUGCCAAAAUGGUAAAAGAGUCAUUAGCUACAGCUGUUAAAAAGGUCUACACAAAUUGAAAUUUUUAUCAGUAUAAAAUAAUAAAUGUAUGUAUAAAGAUUUUAUUACUUUAGGAAAAAGGUAAUGUUGUCACGAAAAUGUUGGCUGAAGUGGAUAUAUAUUAUGAUGACUGCCAAUCUCCACACAAAAUAAAAUAUGUUCAACCUAAAAUACAAAAUAAUAUCUUACUACGGCGCUUUGGGACAACGCUAUGUACAAGUAAAACUAUUUUCUCAAACAUGCAAUGAAAUAUUGAUGUUAUGUUCCUUAUAAUAGGCUGCGAAGUAUGACGUUUCAGGUGCGGCUAGGACAAAAGGUCGUUAAUGGAAUUUCAUACACAUCUUGCAGGCCUAGGCCGGCAAAGUCCUCUUUUUUAAUUUUCAUUUCACAGAUAUUUGUGACACAGCAUCGUGGCAUUCAUCCAUUAAAAAAAACUAGAGGCAGUAUUUGCUUUAUGGUUCGUAAUGACACUCUGCCACUACGCCUAUAAAAAAAAACAAAAAACAAUGUUUGCUAUAAUUUGCAGUUUUAUUUGUAUAAAAUCAACAUGAACUUAAUAAAUAAUAAAUUCUAUAAUUUUAUAAUUUUAAAUUAUAAAUUUAACUACACAAAUAAAAACAUUUAAAAUAUUUCAUCUAAACGCUAGCGGUAAAAAGGUCUACUCAAACACGCGUAGUUAUAUUUUUUAAAUUGUUAUGGAGGUAAAGUUGAAAAAUAUUAAUUCUGUUUUAUUGGAUUUAUGGUGCGUUGUUGAUUUUUUGACUUUAAUAUGAGUUCCGACGAAAUAAUGAAAUUAAUAUUAAUUGUAAUCGUAGGUGUUGGAAUUGGCAGCGUAAGCAGAAUUGAUUUUAAAUAACUUGCUGCCUCUGCCGCCAAGUCAAAGACGAAGUAUGUAUAUGGUUGCUUAUGGCAAUUUUAUUAUUUGAGAAACUAAGAAAAAUGGCUUACAGUUUAUUAGAAACAGUUUUGUGGCAUAUUUUAAAUGAAUGUCAAAUUCGUCAACACUGUGGAAAUUAUACUUAUUUACUCCAUGCAUAAAGCAACGAUGUAUGUGAAACAUGAUAUCAACAUGAAAGACUAUGUAAACUUAUGUGACGAAAACGACAGUCAGACGGAUACAAGGCGAAAAAAUCAAAGAUACAUGAAAAUAUACGAGUAGUAUAUUUGCGACUCGUGUAAAACAUACGCGUGAUAAAUUGAUAAUGAUAUAGGUACGUGUUGGUUAUAUUUUGGGUGUAGUUUACUUUUAGUUUUUUCUAUAAAUAAAACUUGGGUUUCGUGGAUUUUUUAUUUUAUUUAUUUCAUUGCAUGUUUGAGAAAAGCACUAUACAUACCUCGGCGGGAAAUGGGGUUGCCCGCGCUCAGACCUAUCCGGCCUCGCUUCGCUCGGCUCUAUAUGUCUUCGGCCGGCAACCCCUUUCGUCCCGGCCUCUGUAGUAAUGUACUAUUCUUAGGAAUAUUACGUCUUUGUAUGAAGAUUGGUAUUAUUCAUUACUCAUAUGAUUCAAUUUAAUAAGAUAAAUAUAAAGAAAUUGUCGCCUACUAGAUCACCUUAUACAUGGGCCGUUUUUAUAUUAUAACUAUUUAUUUGAUAUACAUAAUUAAUGUCAUGAUAUGUUCUGUACUUAUAUAGGUACAAAUAUAUGUAUACCAUUAUAAGUAAUAUUAUUUCGUAUUGACAUGUAUUGACAAAAUUGCCAUAGGUAGUUGUCAUGGUGAUCUCUAAAGUCCACCUAUGAUUGCCCUUAAAUAUCAUAGUUUUAGUUUAGCAGGCAUAAUGUAUUAUAUCUGGCAGGGAUUUUUUUUCAAUCAACCAGCCACUCCUCUUGAAACAUAUCAAAUUUCUAUCUUUCCAAUUAAUUGUUCCAAAAAACUGUUUUAUUUUAAAUAUACAUUAAUGACAUUGUUUAUUGAAAGUUUUAAGAAAUGUAUAAGAGUAUUAUGCUUAUAUUUUAUACAUUAUAUCUUACAAAUAUAAAUACCUAACACAAAACUAAAGUUUUGAUUUAUUAUCAACAUUCUCUUGGCAGUCCGAAUAAGUUUAAAUCAAAUCCAGUUUUAUUUAAUUGCUGGACAUUUGUACGUCGGACUGACAAGACUUGUAUAAUACUCACUACUUUGGUUGAUAAAUUGAAAGUAUUUAAUCUAAACUAUUUUUUUUAAUAAUCGUAACUAUGGUCACAGUCACAUAAUAUUCAGUAAAACCGAUUGUAAGUUCUUCCGAACUCACGAGUCAUGUGAUUAGCUAAACUAGCUAAAGGAAUACCAUUGGACCAUAGUUGUUAACUCAUUUUAUUGUUAAUUCAUUAUAAUAUUAUCUAUCAUACGCACAGUAAAAUUAUUUUUAUUCUCGUUGAAGUGAUCUUAAAUUGAAAGAAUAUUUUUGAAACGUAUUAAAAUAAUGCAUAAUUCCAUUUUAUUUUAGAAAUUGCUAUUAGGUAUAAAGUUGAUUGAUCAUUAAAUUGUUGACGUUAUUAUAACUAAAAUAUCAUAGUCACGUCGAAUAUUUUCUGACGGCAAUUUUAAAUGCAUUCUAUUAGAUACUUAAAAGGCCUGCGCGGCCAAAUAUGUCCGCGGAAAGCUACUAAGCUAAUAUAUUUAUGUUCGGCUUUGUAGACCUUAUUUAUAUGUUCUAUCUGAUGUACCUGUAUUCAUCUCUUCCGUACAAUGAAGUGUUACUUACUUACUUAAAGAACGUUUUUCUGCGAUUAUAGAGCUACGCAUACAUGCAUACCUACGCUCAAGUAUGUAGGUAUCACGCAGAAGAAUUUGGCCGCUCUAACCAUUCAAAAGUGAUUACUUGCGUAGAGUUACUUUGAAAUCUUUGUAAUUUAUUUGUCAUAUUUUUUACAUGUUUAAUAAUUUUGCAUCUUUACGCUACCUUAGAAAAUUAAAAAAAAAACAACCAAAUAUAUCAUAGGUACCUAUUUACACUUGUAGUUGAUUUUAUCCUUUACAAAAUGAACCUAGUUUUCUACAUUAUAUAUUACGUAAUGUAUGUGAAACCGUUACAUACUUCUAUGUGUUUGCCAAUUUAUCUAGGAAAGUAUUUUCACAACUGAUAAUGUGAUAUUUUAACAAAUACUACAAGUUACAUACUAUACAGUUAUUGUAUAAGUUAAUACGUUACUUAAAGUGAAAUUUAUAGUUUUAAAGGAAUAAUACACCUAAUAAUUUAUUUAAUCAUAUUAUUGUUAGUUUAGUUUAAUUUAACAUGACGUUAAAUUAAUUGUAAAAUGUUUAUCAGAAACUCGUGUUAAAUGUUGAAUCCCAUAUUUUCCUAUCAAUUUUAUACGUGUCCGCGAUACCACGUUUAGUUUACUCGUAUUACAUUAGAAAAGUUACAACCUCAAAGUAGUGUGCUAACUUUUUUCCUCCAAAAUUAAAUCAGAGCUAUUAUAGUGUCAUUUAUUAGUAGGUUGAGUAAGGUAAUUAGCAUGCACUUUAGUCUCAGGCGAUGCUGCUUGACACGAUUGUUCCUUAGGUCAAACAAAGCUGAUUUGCCCCAGUAGCCGGGGGACCAUACCAUGCAGACCCCCCAAAAAGGGGUGCUAUAUUCCAUAUAUGCUAUAUUCCUUCCUAGUCUUAGCAACUAUGUCCGUUUUUUUAAGCAUUAGAAAGAACUUCGCAGAAGUAAGCUUGUGGUUCCAAAUCCGGCACUUUUAGCGGUAAUAAUUUGAAGUAGAUUAUAUGUAUUGACCAUGCUACAUUAGAUAAUUCAAUAAUUAUUAACAAUUAAAGAGCCUGAUAAAAACUGCACGCUUGCUUCUGUGGAGUUCUUUCUAAUGCUAAAAAAAAGAACUAUAGGGCAAGUUAUAUAUAUCAUUUUCGUAUAAUUUAGGGAUAGGGAAUUCAUUUUCGAAAUAAUUAUUAUACCUUUCCAUACAAAAAAAAUAUUUUUGUACAAAAAAUGAUAAUGUUAUGUAAUUUUUUUAGACAAUUUUGGAUGUUACAAUCACAGUGUGGCGAUUUGCAUUAAAUAAAAAAUGAAUUCCUCGUCUCUAAAUUAUACGAAAAUGAUAUAUAACUUGCCCUAGUUGAUAAGACUAGGAAGGAAUAUAACAUAGAUUGGACCUGGGGAGCCGACCCUUUCACCCCUCCUUUUUGGGGGGUCUGCAUGGUACGAUCUCCCGGCUACUGGGCCAAAUCAACAUUGUUUGACCUAAGGAACAAUCGUGCCAAGCGGCAUCGCCCGAGACUAAAGUGCAUGCUGUUCCAUACAUUUGUGUUCCUUACUAAACCUACUAUAUGUACAUAUUAUUGUAGCACAAUAUUAGAUAACAUAGGAACCCUAACAUUCCGGAAGAAAAAGUUUAAUACAACUACUUUUGGGGUUUGAAUUGUAUGGAAAAUUCUAAUCUUAAUAAACGGGAUAGGUAAGGAGGAGGAUAUAUCGCGAACUUCGAAAUUGAUGUAACUGCAAUUGACGAGAUGUACACGGUAAACUCUUCAAAUAGGAGUUAUCUUAUCUUUCCACUUAUGUGAAAAUAUGAAAUAUGAAAGCGGACAUCUAUAAGACUGAUGGUUCUCAUAUAAUGUAUUGUAAUAUUGUUUAUGAAAAUGUUAUUAAUACUACCUAUUUAUGGGUCGGGAAUGAGUUAAAAUAAUCAGUUACUGAUGUUUGAUUUUGAUUACAUACAUAUACCUCGGUCGAAGUGUACAACAAUAAUACUUACACUUAUUUUAAGUUGAAUAAAGCUACAUUCCGUAAGUACUUUUUCACGACUUAAGUACCUAUAUAUUUAUUUUUAAGAAUAUAGAAUCUCUCCAAUUUAAUAAUACCUAGUCAGAUAUUAAUUAAACAGCUCCCCACUUGUUCAUAAUUAAUAAACUAAGUACUUACUCCACUUAUAUACCUUCCCUCGUAACAUUAGACUGUUAUUUUAUCUAAAUCGAGAACUGAUUAUGCUAUGACAUUAACUAUUUCAGUAGCAUAUUAAAUAUAAACAUAUCUUGACAAGACUUUAUGUUGAAAAUCAUUAGAUAGAAUUUUAAUGGGUAAUUACUUAAUUAGAUAUGAACUGGCCGGUGUCGGAGAUAUAGAAAUUUUAUUUGGUUACAUAAUUACUCUUCUCACCACUCAAAUAAAACUUGGAAAUGUAUACCUACCUACAGACAGCUAGCCAUUUAAGCUAUAAUUUUAACAUGAUAUUCACCUUCUUCGAGUAUCAUAACCUCGGCUAUUUAUUAGUAUUUGGUGUACCUAACUAUAAUUUGGUUUUUGGUCUGUAUUGCUGGAAAGUCAGUUCGUGUUUUGUUCUCGCAAAGCAUUUGUUAGUAUCAAUAAUUUUUUCGAAAAAUUUUAUACUGCUAUUAACUUACACUUUUCUAUAAAAUAGUAAAUAAGAGUUAAAGAUAGGAUAGGCAUUAAAAGCAAUUUGUCAGAGUCCCCUCUCACGACUAAAUGCUUUGGGGUAUGUUUAAUAUGUGGAUAAUACCUAGGCCUUAAAAUUGUUGAUGUUUGAUGAAUGCACAAAGCAUUACUAUAAGGGCAGACUUUAAUCCGGAUAAUGUGUCGUUGUAAGACAUUUGAUUGUAGCUACUUUUCAAAACUUGUUAGUUGUUAACAUGUCAGAAUUUUUUUAGGAUCGUAACAAUAACAUUUCAUUAAUAUGUUUGGCAUAUACCAAAAUUGUAAUAAAUUAUCCAUUGGGAAUUUUCGAACGGUUACUAAGGAUUGAGGUGCUUUUUAUAAUCCCCAUAUAUUACAGCGCCAUAUUAAAUCUAACUAGGUUUGCACGCGGCCGCAGCCGGCCGGUCGGCGCACCCCGGAGGCAUAACUAUGCUAGCUAUAUCCUUCUCAACAAUAAUAAUUAUAACCACUUACUUAGUCACUAUGAUACAUAUUUACAUAUAUAAUCAAUUGAUGUCAACCGUCGUACGUAGAAGUCAGGACUCAAAAGUUAUUUUGUAACUGACUGAAAUUGAUGUUUUUAUUUCAAUUAGGGUUAGACGAAAUACUAUUUUGAUCUCAAUUCCGUGAAAUAACGGCGCGAUAUGCUCAACGUUGCAGUUGAAAAAUAUUGCUAUAGAUAUUGUUUUAAUUCUAGAUAGCAUUGAAGUUUUCGAAUUGAUAUAUUGUUAUGGAGCCAAUACAUAUACAGGCUUUACUAUCAAUCUACAUAAAUAAACUUUUACCUAGAGAGUAAAAGGUAAUUAAGCUAUAAAUAAAAUUUAGUAUCAUUUUUUGCCAGACCUAUAAUAUAAGUCUAUGAAUUUUGGUAAUGAAGCCUAUUAUAUGGAUUCCUGUAACCCGUAACCUAAGCCAUGUUGUUGUAAGCAUGUACCUAUGUAUUUAUUACAAUAUAAUCAAAAUGUUGAAUAUACUUAUAGCGAAUUUUAUUCAUACUAAUUGAAGGGUUUAUUUAACAUUACCGCAAGCCGUCGCCUGUAGCUUUCAUUAUAAAUAUUAUAAUGAUGAGAGAUUUAACGUUUGAGUAAGUAAUCGCACUAUUUAUUUUCAAAGGUCGAAGUAGGAAUACGAGUACUCAAAUGAGCGCAGGAUCUUAGACAUGGCGAAUAGUAUCUUCUUGAUAGUCUAGUAAUAUCAAGCAAUAGGUAAUCAUAAGAUUCGGCAUUAAGUCACUGUGGACGCUCUCUCUCUUCAAAAAGAAAUAGGAUCCAAGUAACACAGAAAUCCUCAUAGCGCUACGAAAGAUUCCAAAAGUAUACCAUAACCUUUACUAUUACUGGUGUACUGUUAUAAGUACAUACUCGUAGUCUAGUCGACAAGUUCAAAAUUAUGGAAAAACGUAUAUAUAGUAGUGUACCCUAUGAUGGGCGUGGAACCAGUAAUGGGACAAAAAACCACAAAUCCUGUAAAAUAAGUGUCUAAAAGUAGUUUAUAAACACUGCCUGUAUAUUAUCAUAAAUAAGAGUCCUAGAGCUGUUUCAGUUUGAAUUUUUAUUAAAUUUGGUUGUUUUUUAAGAAAUUGGCGUCAACCCAAAGGUUGUCGUGUCACUGAAAAAAAAUACCACUACGAAUUCUUAACAACUUCGCUAAGAGAGAUGAGUUAAUUUAUUAAAUUUUAAUUAAUUAAUACGUGAUGAAAACUAGAAUGUGUUUUGUUAAUUGCAUUUACCAUGAGAUAAGGUAUACAACAUACUAUGUUGUGACUCCACAGAUGUAAAAAAAUAGUGGUAUUUGGCCCAAUCCCAUUAUAGGAGCUGUAAAACUGCAUACCUCCUAUAAUGGGCAAUUUACAUAAUGAUGCUUGCCAUGCCAUCAUUUCAUGUUUAAACAAUACAGAAGUAAAAUGUAGUUACGAAAUAUGUCAACCAGGAGGUAUGCUCGGACUUCGGAUAAAUUAAUAUCGUUUUUUAGGGUGGGUCAAAUCUUGGUAGCCGAGUUUGAGCCACUUUCCCGUUUUCCGAUUGAGUUGAAAUUUUGUAUUCGUAAUUAAAUAUGCAAAUCGGAUGAUAAUGCAAUAUUAUGAUAACAUGGACCAGAUCUGAUGACCUAUUUCAAUAUUUUAUACUGAUAGAGCAGUGUCCAUUACUGGGGGGCCCAUUACUGGAGCUUUGGUGUCCAUGACUGGAGAAAAAUAGCAUAGUUUUAAUUUGUUAAGUAUGUGGAAACUCAUUGCAGUAUCUUUGAUACAACACGCCUGAAACAUGAAAGACGGGUAGGACUUUCAUCUUUCAAUACGCUAAGCGGUAGACCAUUCACAUGUAUUAGGGAAAUAUCACAAAUACUCCAAAUUCCCUCUUAAAUAUCCCAUGACUGGUGCUGUUACUAUAUAUACGAUCAAGUUAUAUUUUCUUCUCGUUUUGCAAAAUGGAACUUUUUUUGUGUUUAAUAACAACCUAUGAAUUUAAUAGGUACCUACUAUUAGUAGGUCUCUCCAUAAAUUACGUCAUCGAUUUUUGACCCCCCCCCCCCCCUAAAAUCAUCCAAAAAUCAUGCUUCCAAUGACCCCGUUUCCUCUUACGUCAAGCUACCAUCAUCCGAUGUCCAGACCCCCCUCCCUUAAUUUGAAAAGACGUAAUUUAUGAAUAGCCCCUAAUGUAUCAAUGCGUUCAUUCUUGAAAAACUUAAUUCUAAUAGUUUUAUAUACCUACUUAUUUUACUAGCGGUACCUAUAGGUACUAAUAAUCAAAUGAAAAUGUAAGCAAUGUUCAAUGUAUGAAAAGAAACAUACAUUCUGUAAAAUAAUUUACUACAGAGCAAAAGCACGAUUGACUUAAGUUUGUUACAUCCUAUAUGAUAAGGCUCUUGCUGUUUAAACGUUCCGAAUCACAGUAGCGAUGUUUCGGCUUGUAUGAGGAUGUUGUAUUUAUAAACUGUAACCCAAUUUUAGGCUCAACUCGGUGUCACCAUGUACAUUCAAUAGCAGACCAAUUUCAAGACAUUGUACCUACAAAGUCUGAUGUUGUUAUUCUGCGCAGUUAGUUCUGGUUGACAGUUAAGCCCAAAUAUUUUAAUAGAACUUUGUAUUGGAGUCGUAUUAAAAAAAAUAGAAAAAUACUUCAAAACUUAGUUAGAGAGCGCGAGAUUGGGCGGCAGUAUUAUUGUAAAGAUGGAUGCGGUAGGAAUAACUUAAUUGUUUUUGGACCAAUGGGAUUAUAAAAUACGCUAAUCGGCAACUAUGAUUCGGAAAGUAUUUUUGUGAUAUGUAAACGAUAAUAGAUUAAGUUUACCUUACUAUUAUAGAAUGGUUAAAGUACUUAUUCAA